AUGGCCACCGCCGUCGCCGCCUUCCGCUCUUUCCUUCACCCCACCGCCACUGCCGCCGCCAUCCCACUCCCUCCUUCUCACUUCAACCUCAACAACUUCCAGCGGCACUGCGUCGGGCUCCGCCUAUUCUCCUCCUCCCACCGUCGCCACCCCAUUCUCCUGCCCGCCUCCGCCUCCGCUGCUUCCGGCGAAGAGUUCUCUUCUAACGGAGAACAUUACUCUGAGGAGGGUCCAGAGGAGUACGUGGAGGAAGAAGGGGAGGAGGCAGAACCCGAGGUCCAGGCAGUCCGCGGUUACUAUCCCCCGAGAAACCGGCCGGCACUUGGACAAGAGCCCGGGCGAAUCUACGUCGGCAACCUGCCCUACACCUUCACCGCCGCUGAGCUCACUGCAGCAUUCUCCGAGGCCGGCAGCGUCGACGAUGUCCAGAUAAUCUAUGACAAAAUCACCGACCGGAGUCGUGGCUUCGCCUUUGUCACCAUGGCCACCGCGGAGGAGGCUGCCAAGGCCGUCCAGAUGUUCAACGGAGCUCUGCUGGGAGGGAGGACAGUCAGGGUGAAUUUCCCGGAAGUGCCGCGAGGAGGAGAGAGGGCAGUCGCAUCGGCAGCGGUUGCAAGGACUAGCUUGCGUGUUGUUGACGAUGGGACAUACAAGGUUUACGCCGGCAACCUGGGGUGGGGUGUGCGGGCUGAUGCACUCAAGACGGCAUUCGAGAGGCAGCCUGGCUUGGUUGGUGCCAGGGUAAUCUUCGAGCGUGACACGGGUCGUUCCAGGGGGUUUGGCUUCGUCUCCUUUCAGACAAUAGAAGAUGCAAAGGCUGUCUUGCAGGCCAUGGACGGAGUGGAACUGGAUGGGAGGCCACUCCGACUUAGUCUGGCGGCACAGAACCCUCCAGCUGGAUCAACUCCUAGCACAGUGCAGUCCCAGCAAGAACAAACUGCCUCAGGUGGUUCUGAGCCAGAGGUCGACAAAAACAGUACUACUACUUCAGGACAAUUUGAAGGUGAGAUGGAAAAGAGCAACUUACAGACAACUGCCAGCUAUUAG